AUGUCGGGAUCUAAUUCAAGUGCAAACCCUUUAGAAAAUAAGUGUAUUAUUUGUCUGCAAGAUCGAAUAAAAAAAGAUCGAAAUAAAUCUCAGUUAUGUGACUUAACGAAAGCUCAAAAACUAAUAGAUGCCUUCAAAAAAACUACAGAGGUAAAAUAUGAAUUUCAUCGUUCAAUUAAAACACCUCAAGAAUUACUUGCGAAUAAAGUUUUGUAUCAUCCCAAUUGCAUGCGGAAAUUCGAACUUUCUUCUGAAAGAAGUGAUUGUACAGUGACAAGUAAUUCAUGCAGUAAUUUAAACGAUCACAGUGAGAAUGCCAGUGGAUUUUCUUCAAGCAACGAUGUGUAUGAAUUUAGUUCUGAUGAUGAAAAUGAAGAAAAUAGUUCACUUAACAGCUUUAAGAGUCACAACGUUCACAAUCGGAAUGAAAUAAGACAAAAGAAAAUGACGGCUAUUAAAAAUGCUAUCGAAUCUGUUUUACCCCAAGUAGAUGCCGGUGAAAUUUUACAAAUAAACUUGAUUACAAAAAAAGUUAAUCAAACACUAGGUUCAGAAGCUCAGAUUCAUAAUCGAGAUGUAAAAUCAUUCAUGGAAAUAUAUUAUAAUGAUUCCAUUGAUUUCACUGCAUCUUCUCGGUCAAAUGAAUCGACUUUAUUUUUUAAAAGUUCUUUGACACGGGAUGAUUUGAUUAAGAAAUUAGCUUCAAUUGACGUAAUUAAAGAAAGCGCUCAGUUAAUAAGAAAGUCACUAUUGGCUGAAGAUUUUGAUUUAAAUAACAAAUUCUGUGAUAAAUUUGACUUGCAAGAGUCAUGGAAUCGAAUUACAAUGCCGAGUCACGUGGAACGAUUUUUUUCUGUAGCAUUUGAUUGUCCGCAAGCGCAGAUUAACAAAAGUUUUGUCGAUAUCACUUCAUCAAAUGUAGACGCAGACAAUUUAAACCUCAGAAUUAAAAGUUUGUACCAAAUGAUGGUUUUUACGCUGCAUGGUGGACGCAAACGAACUCCGUUACACAUGUUAACUGGAACUAGCGUUCAUUCGAUCUGUAAAAGCGCAUCAUUAAUUACCAGUUUGAAUCGAAUCGGUGUUUCGAUGUCGUACGAUGAUAUUCGUCGCACUCGCUCACGAUUAGCUGCUUUUACGAUUGAACGAAGUCUGGGUAAUGUUCCAAUACCAUCACACUUUGAUCCAGAAGAAUUUACUGUGGCGGCAUUUGAUAAUUUCGAUCACAACGAAAAUACAUUGUCGGGAUUAAAUAGUUCUCACGAUACUGUUUUCGUAUUAUUUCAAAAUCGGCCAAAAAAUACUAACAUGAAACCUAAAAUUAACGACACUGAGAUUUCAAAGGUAAACAAAACUUCAGUAUACAUGCUAGAUUGCCAAAAAUUGAAAAGUUUUGAAAAACCAGAUAAGAUUACCCUUUCACCGGAAUUUCAGUUACGAACGCUACCAAAUAUCGAUCCUUCACUUUACCAGAAAACUACAAACGAUAUUCUAUGGGUCCUAAGUAGAGUAAAUAUUUGUGAAAUUUCAACUUCAAUACCACCAACAACAAGUAUACAAAUGAUUCCUUCCUGGGCGGCAUUUAAUAGUUUAUUAACAGUAGACUUACGGCCGACUCAAAUAGCUGGUUAUCUCCCAGUUUUACCAUUUCCAGUUACGGAAUAUUCGACUGUUUAUACAUCUUUAUGUAAUUUUAAAAACGUUCUUACUCAAUUGAAGCAAGACUGCCUUCCAGUAUUUUGUGAUGAAGGAGUCUAUAGAAUAGCGCGUCAUAUUAAAUUCGAGCGAUCAGAAGAAUUUGCAGAUAUUUUUGUAAUGUUGGGAUCAUUCCAUAUGGCCAAAGUGGGAUUAACCUGUAUUGGAAAAUAUUUGAAAGGAAGUGGAAUUGAACAAGUUUUAAUAGAAACCGAAACGUUUGGACCAGGAACAACCGAUCAAGUUUUAAGUGGCACGAAUUAUUCGAGAUCUUUUAAAGGGUUUACGUUAGUUUCAGAAGCUCUGCAACGAUUACAAUUGAAAGAAUUCCUUAAAACUAUCACGAUUGAUAAGUACAGUAAUGAUUUCAGUGAUUUUAGUACCUUCAGAGAUCUUUUAAUUGAAGAAAGCCAUGAUGAAGCUAGGGCUAUGUAUCAGCUUUUAGAAACAAAAUCGAGUAAUUUCCGAAAUGAUUUUGAAGCUUUUAUUGUUAAGAGUUGUUCCGAAUCAUCAUUAUUUUUAUUUUGGAAUAAUGUGAUCGUGAUGACAGAUUUAGUUAAAAACUUAAUUAAAGCCGAUAGAACUGGUGAUUGGGAUUUACAUGUGGAGACCGUUAUCAAAUUACAGCCAUUAUUUCACGCUAUGGACAGAACAAAUUAUUCUCGUUGGUCAUCGGUGUACAUCGCAGAUAUAAUAAAUCUCCAACAUACAAAUCCUGAUCUGUAUAAACGUCUGAAAGCUGGUCAUUUUACUGUUAAAAACUCCAAUACUCCGUUUACUUCAAUUGCUGUUGAUCAAGGAUUAGAGUGUUCGAUUAAUCGUUCUGGAAAAAAUUCUGGUGGUAUAAUUGGUUCAACAGCUAAAAAAGAUUAUGUUACGACAUGGAAUUUAGUUUAUCAUGAGGAGCUUGACAUAAAAAAUCUUUUUCGUCAACUUACAUUAGUCGAUGAAGACAAUUAUGAACUUUACCAUCACGAGUUUUCUUCUUCUUGCACAAAAACAUCGGAGUUGUUAGUGUCCAACAUAGUAAAAUAUAUUGAGAAGUAUACAAACCCAUUUAUGAUCCAAGAAGAUAAUAGUUUACGUAACAUAAUUACUCAAGAAAAAUGUUCUGAAAUUGUUAGUAAUGGUUUAUUAAAAAUUUGGGACGUAGGUUGUAAUACUUUUGAAGACUUCUACACGCAACGGAUUCUUCUUCAAAAAGAAGAUCUAUCUGAAACUAUAAAAAAAAUAAAACUAAAAACUAUGGAUUUUAGAGAAAAUCAACCAAAAAAACAAUUAAAGCCGAAACUAGAUGAUUUAAAAGAAGCUCAAAAAGUAUAUAAUCUCGCAGUGGAACGUCAAUAUCCUCGGGAAUCUUUAUUUUCUUACCAGCUAUCCGCAAAUAAUAUGUUAUUUAAUAAUGAAGGGUUCAUGAAUGCUGCAGUAAAUUCUCAAUUAAUUGAUGAACUCAAGAAGAAAGUCAAAAUUCAAGAUAGCAGUACAAAUGCAGUGGAUACGACAACGUGCUUGAUAUUCCGCACUUUAGAUUUGUGCAGAAAGAUUAAGUUUAAAAAUUUGAAAACAUUUCAAGACUACCGUGAACAAUUUACUGAAUUGUUGCUUGUUGAAAUUUCUUGUAAACCUAAAUUAACCCGGAUAGAUUUAUUAUUUGAGUGUUUUCAACAAAAAUUACCUACAACUGAAGUAAUAUCCAAUAAGCAGUCGUUUGAAAUUCAUUCGAUUGGAGAUGAAACUCCAAUACCAUCAAGUGAAAGUAAUUUUUGGAAUAAUUCUGAAAACGUGAAAUUACUACAGGUGUAUUUAAUUAAACAUUUGGAAAAGUCGAUUCCAACGUUGGUACGUCAGCAUGAAAAAUUAAAAAUUUUUUCAAACAAUAUGCCUAAUUCUGCAGCUCACGAUAUGAAUGAUGAAUGCAUUGCUCACAUUCAAUCUGCGACUAAAAAUAAACACACUGAAAUAAAAAUUACUUAUGCAGAUUGUGAUUUAUUAGUGAUGGUAAUGUACUUCUGGAAAAAUUUUGAAAUUAAUGGUUUAAAAAAAUUAUGGAUGGAAUACAAGUGUGGUCGGAGUACAAAAAUAAUUCCUGUCGAAAUUCUCGUGCAAAAUUAUAAUCAGAGCUUCCGUCAGGUGCUACCAGCUAUGCAUUUUCUUACAGGAUCAUUCUAUACAAGCAAAAUUGGUACAAAGCUCAAAGCGAUAGAAGCCAACCCGCUAAAAUAUCUGGAAAAUUUUGCUACAGACGUACAACAGUUGUAUCUGGGAGAUAUUCUUAAAGCAGCUGAAACCUAUCUAGUACGGGUUUUAUAUAAAAAAGAAACAUGUGAAACAUUCAACGACUUAAGGGUUUCGUUAUUUAAAUCAGGCAAAACUACGGUAAUAACAGAAUUACCUCCAUGUAGUGAAGAGAUAACAUACCAUAUUCGAAGAGCUUAUUAUAUCACCUACAAUAAGAUGUGGAUGUUCAGUUCCGAAAAAAAUAACCUCGAUCCUGUAGACUUUGGCUACGAACAAAAAGAUCAAAAACUAGUACCAAAGAGAGUCGUAUCACUUUAUCCACCCAAUGACGAAUUACCCCCGCCAUGUCAUUGCAAAAAUUGUUCAAGGAAAUGUAAUUGUAGAAUUAACGGAAUGUUAUGUUGCUCUUUUUGCAGGUGUGUAAAUGAAAAAAGCUGUCAAAAUUACAUAUUUUGCUCAACAGAAUAA